AUACAGCCAGACAUGAGAUUGCUCAUGCUCUCGGAUUUUCACGACAAAAUUUUGCAUUCAUGCGUAAACCUGACGGAAGUCCUAGAACCCCAAGAGAUCCACGCACAAAAAGACCACCAACCAUGGAUCAAUUUGGAAUAUUCGUGCCAAGUAAAACAACAGUUAAACAAAUAACACGCAAAUGGGUUAGUGCAGCUGGGACAUUUAACAAGACAUUCCCUGCACUUGUUACAGAAAACAUUAUUAAAGAAGCAAAGAGUCAUUUUCAGUGUCAAUCUGUGGAUGGUGUUGAUUUGGAAAACGAAGGCUCUUCCGGUUCCUAUGGCUCACAUUUAGAAGGCAGAGUAUAUUCGAUGGAGCUGAUGGCUGCUUCCUCCGAAGUGGAAGCCUUUGCAUCAAGAGUAACACUUGCAUAUUUUGUGGAUUCAGGACAUGAAAGUAUUAAGCCCUAUUGUGAUGAACCGAAUGUUGUUGCAUGCAGAGAUCUAUAUACAUACGGUCUUUGUGAUGUGUAUCCAUACCCACUACCUCUGCCACCUGCAGAUCAAUUUUUUGGUCCUGAAGCAGGUAGAGAUUAUAACCGAUUGGGAGGAAGUAAUGUGUUUAAAGAUAAAUGUCCAACAUUAUCGUUCUUAAGUUCGCUUGGAAGUCUAAACAUUACAUCAUAUUGUAAACAUGCGGAAAAUAAUGCUAAACUUGACAAAGAAGGAAACAAAUUUUUGCAGUCAUUUGGAAAAGCAAUUUGUCUGCAGCAUACUGGAACUUGGAGAUAUUCACAAGGAUAUUCUGUAUGGACUUUAGACGGUACAAUAAAGGGUAGUUGUCACAAAUACACUUGCAAACCCGGUGGUAAUAUUGAUAUAGACUUCAGUGGACAAACUGUUACAUGCACCAAAGAUGAAAAAGACAAAACUGGUACAUUUGUUUUGGACGGUAAAAAGUAUGAAGUGAAAAUUAGAUGUCCUAAUUCAAAGGUUUUAUGCAAGAGUGCAGCUCGUAAGCAUUUUAAUUUUAAAACACUGGACGGUGUCGAUUUGGAAAAUGAAGGUUCUUUAGCCAGUGCUGGAUCACAUUUUGAGGCUAGAAUUUAUGGUGAUGAACUUAUGGUUGCUGAAUUACAAAAGAAGUCACUGAUCACACCAAUCCUACUGGCAUAUAUGAAUGAUACUGGUUUAUGUUAUCCUUUAAAGCCUACAAACACUUAUUGUCACUUAUUUUACAAUCCCUAUUAUAACCGUCAACAGACUGCGCUUGAAGCCGCCAUUAAACACUGGGAGAAGGCGUUAAUUGUUUUGUCAAAGACAACAGAAAAUAUAUUAGUACCAAGGGAAUGUGCAUCUGGACCAAUUACACUUGCUGUACGUGAAAAUAUUCUCUACUGUAGAAGAUUGUGUAAGAAAGAUAUUAUGUGCAGACAUAUGAGAAUUCCAGAUGAAUACUUAGGCUCAUGCUAUGAACAAGUUGGCAGUGAAAAAAUAGUAAAAUAUAGCGCAGGAAAAGGUCUACAGUAUAACGAAAUGCUGUUACUAGUCAGUAUGAGAAACAGGGACACAUGCGGUCAGGAUGUACUGGCUUGGGCAACGUUCUGUCAUAAAGAUCCAGUGAGUGGAAGGCCUUUUAUUGGUGUGGUGAACUAUUGCUAUGACGAAGAAACGAUUAAAAGUGAAGAUAUCGAAAACAUAAUUGCCACGUCUAAACAUGAAAUAGCACAUGCACUUGGAUUUCAUCCAGGUAUUUACGAAAGGCUACCGGAUUUGAAUCCAGAAUUUAGAUUAAAUUCUAACCCAAGACCGGUUCAAAAAGUCACACGAAGUUGGUUGUCAGCCAGAGGUCGGUUCAACGUGCAGAAAACAAUACUCAGGCUACCAAAUAUGCUUAAUGAAGCAAAGAAACAUUUUGGCUGCAACGAAUUAGAUGGAGUCGAAGUAGAAAACGGUCAUUAUAGUCAGAGAGUACUAGGGAAUGAAAUGAUGACACCAAUUAGACUAGACGAAAAUUUUCUGUCAAGAAUAACCCUGGCUUACUUCAAGGAUACACAAAUGUAUGAUGUGGACUACUCUGCGGCUGAUGAUUUCACCUGGGGAAAGAAUUUAGGAUGUGAAAUUGCAAUGAAAAGCUGCUACGAAUAUAUGAAGACAAGAAAAGCCAAGAAGGAAAGUAUUGAACCAUUCUGUGACGGUCCACAGAAAACGAAAUGCGUGGAUUUUUCAAAUGCAUAUGGACACUGUAUGCUAAAUAAGGUGAAUAGACGGCUACCUUUAGAGUUUCAGUAUGCUGAUGAAACAUUCGAAGUUGAUCGGGAAGCUUUAAAUUAUUACGCAGGUGCAGAUUACAUGGAUUACUGUCCAUACUACUCAGUAAGUUACGUUUCAUAA